AGGCACAUGCAGCCGCGGCCCCUUUGUCUCCCGUACCCAGGCUCAAUAAAUUUCUCACAAGCGGGACCUGCGGGGCUUGGAAGGGCCAACCUGCUUUACCGAAUAGUCUCUUUCAUGUCAGGUUCGAAGAUUGUGGUUACUGGAGCAUCCGGCGUUCUCGGGACCGCAGUUCAUAAGGCGUUUGAGAAAGCAUUACGAUAUGAGGUUGUGGGCUUGAAGAAUAAGAGCCCCGCUAGCCAUCUAGUGCAACUAGAUCUCACAGAUAAGGAAGCGACGAAGCAGAUCUUGGAAGAAAUCAAGCCGACUUGGGUGAUCCAUUGCGCUGCUGAGAGACGACCUGACGUUGCCGAGAAGGACCAAGUUGGAACCCAACUCCUGAACGUUGGAGUGCCGGGGUAUCUUGGUGAACUCGCGAAGGCAAUCGACUUCACGCUCGUGUAUAUCUCUACUGAUUAUGUCUUUGACGGAAGAUCGCCUCCCCCUGGCGGGUACACACCAGAGUCACCUACUAACCCACUUCAGAUUUAUGGACAGACCAAACGGGAUGGUGAGAAUGCCGUAUUGCAAGCUCGGCAGCAGGGUGCCAGGACAGUUGUUUUGAGAGUUCCAGUCUUGUACGGUCCUGCACCUAACAACGCAGACUCGGCUGUCAAUAUCCUCAUUGAUGUCGUCCGGGACCAAUCAAAGGAGUCUAACAUGGAUGAUUACGCGAUCAGAUAUCCUACGAACGUAUUGGACAUCGCAUCCUUCCUGGUCCGCUUAACGGAUCUCAGCGUCGAUACUCUACCACCCAUUCUCCACUACUCGGCACACGAGUCCUUCACAAAGUAUCAGAUGUGCCAAAUCUUUGCCAGCAUCCUCGGUUUCAAUGACAUGAAUUAUAUUAAACCUGUCUCCACUCCUCCAACUGGCGCUGGUGCCACAUCACGCCCUUACAACUGCCACCUGUCUACUACUGAAACAGAGAAAUUACUUCCCUUAGAAUGUUCAGGAUUCAAAACGUGGUGGGAGGAAUAUUUACACGGCGGCAAGUAGAACCCCAUAUUUGUAGUACUAGUACUGUACAACCAUGCACUCCGCGUUCCUCAAAUUCGACCGAUGAUUCAUGAACUAGUCACGUUCCGAUGAAUGUUGCUAACAAUCAAUCCUCUUUACCCUUCGCGGAUCCUUUUUGCUGCUCCUUCCCUAUCUCCUUCGUUCUUCCACGUUCUUCCUUCUGAAGGCGUCAAUGAGAUUCACAUUCUUCCACACUAUUCUUUUGGCGAUGCACUCACCGGCUCCGGCUCAGCAAAGUAAGUCUUUCGUUGCUCCGCAUCCAACAUUGGCUCUGAGACGCUACCAUCGAUGCAAGAAACUCCCAUGGGCCUAUGCGAGUCUGUAAACUCAAGAGGUGGUGAUUGUGUGCCUCCGGACGACAUUCUGUUUGAAUUUAUGGCAAAUGUAUGGUGUGGGCAGAUGAGAGUAGGUGGC